AUGACAGCAAUCCUGGGCGGUGGUAUAGGUGGCUUAUCAGCAGCGUUUUACGCCUUAGAAAACCCAAGAUUAGGUGCGUUGACCCUCUUCGAAGCAAGUGAGCGCCUCGGUGGAUGGAUACGAACCAAACGAUCGCCUUCAGGAGCGACCUUCGAAAAAGGUCCUCGCACAGUGCGACCCUUUGGAGAGGGCGGUAAGAAUACUCUCCGUAUGGUUGAAGAGCUAAACUUAGGAGAUCAGCUGAUAAAAAUAACACAGACACACCCUACAUCCAAGAACCGGCUCAUUUAUGCCGACAAAAAGCUUCACGUGCUUCCAAGUUCGUUCCUGGAUUUAUUUUCCACCAAGUCACCAAUGAAACGCCCGCUGAUCAUGUCAUUGUGGCAAGAGUUAAGAGCUCCAAAAGUCGAAAAAGAGGACGAGGAUAUGUACAGUUUCGUCAAAAGGAGGUUGGGCCAGGAUGUAGCGGACUACAUGAUCAGUCCGAUGGUCUGCGGAAUAGCCGCAGGAGACGCUAAAAAAAUAAGCGUGAAAUUCCUGAUGCGUUCGCUGUUUGAGGCUGAGCAGAAGCAUGGUGGAGUCUUGAAGGGGAUGUUGAAGAGCAACAAGCUCCAGGAGGCCAUUAAUAAGCGAAAGCAGGAAGAACAAAAUGAUAUGCUGCUAGGUAGGACCCACAAGGGCUCUUCCAGAUUAGCGUUGCUGGCACAGAAGGAAAAGUGGGCAGUGUGGACCCUCUCUGACGGGAUGGAAACUUUACCUGGUGCACUGGUUGAUCAUUUGGCUGACAAAGUCGAUAUCCAGCUGAAGAAGUGCACUAAUUUGACCUUCGGGGAUAAAGAAGUUGAUGUGGAGGUUGAUGGUAAGCUUCAUAAGUUCGACAAAAUUAUUUCUAGUCUUCCAGCUCAAAAUCUUGCUGAGCUCGUGAAGAAACAACAUCCAGAGCUGGCCCAGGAGUUGGAAGCGAUACCUUCUGUUACGGUCGCUGUAAUUAAUUUUGAGUUUAAAGAUAAAGUUGUGCCGAUUGAAGCUUUUGGAUUCUUAAUCCCACCUAACCAGAAUUUACCGCUGCUAGGUGUUAUUUUUGACUCUUGUGUUCGUUCUGAGAAAUCAACGGUAUUAACAGCAAUGAUGGGCGGUGCGUGGUUUGACCAAUAUUUCGGAAAAAAUCCAACAGAAGAAUACUUACUGUCCAUAGCAAUGGAACAAUUGCGUAAUAUAUUAAAUUUAAAACAAGAUCCAGUACAUGUUGACGUAUCAAUUUUGAAAGAUUGUAUCCCCCAGCAAAUAGUUGGACACGACGCACGUAUGAAACGCAUUCGUGAUUACAUAACUGCCCAUGGAAUGUCUUUAGCAAUUUGUGGUUCUUCUUAUCAGGGUAUUGGAGUUAACGACGUUAUUCUGUCAUCGAAAAACGCGAUUGAUGAUAUGUUAUUACGUGAUAUAAAUGCAUGA